AUGACCCCGGUCCACCAAUUCGUCUUUCAAAUUGGUCUAGGCUAUCAAUCAAUUUCACAAUUUUCCUUCAACGNUGAAAUUGCUCUCUACGUUCCCUCGAGACCUACACUGCAUGAUGUGAUCACGUUUGGCAAUGACGGUGUGGAAUUCCGAUCAGUAGAGAUUGCUCAAUCCCCGCACGAUUCAUCCGUGCAAUCCAGUCCGAGAAACUUGGUGAAACAAAUUGCAACUGAGGAGGAAGAGGAGGAAGAAGGAUCGAUGUCUACGGACCAUGAAAUGGAAGACGUACCGACGACUUCCGAUCUCGCACCGGGAACAGAAGUUUCAGAUUCCGAACAAAGUGUUACCGUGUUGGCGGACAGCUGUGUGGACAACGAACAGUCUGACCAGACAUCCGUGACUGUCGAAUGCACAACAGCAGUGGACAAUCAAGCCGUAACCAUGGAAUCCCCCACUAAGGCUGAGGCACAAGACAUAACCAAAAGUUGCUCAUCUGAUCGUACCUCACUGGUUUUGGAUUCUGUGCAACCCGCGGUGACCGACCCUGAACAUGUUACGACCGAGACACCGCCCACCUCGCCAGGGGAAUAUCGUCUGGGGCUACUCAUUGAUCCGCAACUACAACAGGUCCCCUGGGCCUUGAUGCGUUGUGUCAGACAAUGGGCUUUGCGAGCCGAGGACUACGCCAGUUCGUGCCGAGACGCACGAGCUGUGGUACAAAUUAUUCAGGACACUAUGGAACUGCUCGACAUGGCCAGUUCGUUCGAAACUUGGAUGGAAGAAAAGUGA